AUGCAGGUAACGCAACUCAUCUCCCGCUGCACCACAGAGGAGUUCUCUGAACGUCUUAUCGCCUUCUGCCAUCAAUCUAACACCAAGUUGAUCGCCAAUAACGCCGCCGACGUUGCACUGCGUCUCUUCCUCCACUGCACACUCGUGAUCACUCAUUCUGAGUCCGCCCUCUCGGCCGAACGCACCUCCCUCUUCGCCUACGAGUUCUUUUCUCAAGCCUUCACCCUCUUCGAGCAGGGACAGCAACUGGGUGAUGCACGAUGUCAAUUUGCUGCGUUUGAGGCCCUUGUGUCCACGCUGGUGCACGCGUCACCACGGUGUCAUUUGUUGGAUAACACUGAGGCUGUGUUGAGGACCCAAGUGUCUAGAGCGGCCACCACGCUUCUGCUGUUGAGGGCGGAUCAGAGCAGAGCUGUGGCGAUCUCUGGACAACUCUUUCUACCAUAUCCGUCGAGUGAAGUGAAGGAAGGAACACUGAUUGACUCCGAGGGUGUAUUCGGCUGCUUGGACAAAUCCCGUUCCCUAGCUGAUAUGUGCAUGGAUAUCGACACUCGGACACAGCUUUAUGUCGACUUACUCAACUACCACCUUAUCUACCAUCACCAAGGUGUUGGGCCUCUUGAGAGCAUGCAGUCCCGAAUGAAUAGCCUCCUAACUGAGAUGGAAAAACUUUCCAGCCAAUUAGAGUUCGUCCCCGAUUCCUUGGCUGCUUACUUGAAAGCCACCAGGGCGAAGGCCCUUGAAAUCAUCAAUUCCUCCUGA